UUGUCAAAAUGGCGUUGUUCGUAGUAGGAGACUGGAGUUAGUUCAUAUUGUACAGUGGUAUUUAUUCCGUUAUUGGGCCACACACACACACACAGUUAGCCACGACAGUAUGGCGACCCUGGAUCAGAAAUCACCCAAUGUGCUUCUCCAGAGCCUCUGCUGCAGAAUCACAGGGAAAAGCGAAGCUGAAGUUGCCCACCAGUUUCAGUAUGCAGUGCGAGUCAUUGGCAGCAACUACGCCCCCACCAUUGAACGCGAUGAGUUCCUGGUGUCAGAGAAGAUCAAGAAAGAAUUGCUGAAGCAGAGGAGAGAAGCAGACGCUGCACUGUUCUCAGAGCUGCACAGAAAGCUCCAGACGCAGAGUGUUCUGAAGCAUCGCUGGUCUGUUCUCUACUUGCUGCUCAGCCUCUCUGAAGACCCCCGCAAACCAUCCAGCAGGGUCGGAAACUAUGGGGCCCUCUUUGCCCAGGCCCUCCCCAGGGACGCCCACUCCACCCCAUUCUACUGCACCCGGCCCCAGAGCCUGGCCCUGGGCUACGGGGAGAGGAGCGCAGGUCUGUCGGCCAGCGUGGGGACCAGCGGCAUCUCCAGCCUGGGCGUCUACACGCUGAACGGGCCCACGCCGACGCCGCAGUCGCUGCUGGCCGGUCAACCCCCUCAGUCUGCAGCGGGAGGCGGUCAGCCUCUGGGCUCUCGACUGGCCUGGACUCUUCCUGUAAGCUGCUCCCCUUCCUCCGCUCUGGCCCUGCCCGCCACUCGACCACUCCUCGGACCUCCAGUUCCCUCUACCAGAGUGGUCCGUCCUCGCCGAGACGGGGAGGUGAGCGAGGCGGCGCUGGUGCGGGACAUCCUCUACGUCUUCCAGGGAAUCGAUGGAAAGUUCAUCAAGAUGAGCGCCCAGGACAACUGCUACAAAAUAGACAGCAAGGUGGUGCUGUGCAAGUCCCUGAGGGACACCAGCAGCAGACUGGCAGAGCUCGGCUGGCUCCACAACAAAGUCAGGAAGUACACCGAUGCCAGGAGCCUCGAUCGGGCCUUUGGACUGGUCGGACAGAGCUUCUGUGCCGCGCUCCAUCAGGAGCUGAAGGAGUACUACAGGCUGCUGUCCGUCCUCCACUCACAGUUGCAGGUGGAGGAUGAGCAGGGUGUGAACGUGUGCACAGAGAGCAGUCUGACUCUCAGGAGGCUCCUGGUCUGGAUGUACGACCCCAAAGUCCGACUCAAAACGCUGGCCGCCCUUGUCGACUUCUGCCAAGGUCGGAAAGGAGGCGAGCUGGCCUCUGCUGUCCACUCUUACGGGAAAACGGGAGACCCGCACAUGAGAGCGCUGGUUCAACACAUCCUCAGCCUGGUGUCACACCCCAUCCUCAACUUCCUGUACAGGUGGAUCUAUGACGGAGAGCUAGAAGAUACCUACCAUGAGGUUCUGCUCAUCGGUAAAUCCAUCAACUUCCUGCAUCAGGUUUGUCAUGACCGAACGCCGCCGGCCAAGAUCACGCCAGCGUCCAAGUCUGCAGACACACCUAAAGAUGCUGCAGAGCUGCUGUCCGACCUGGAGGGGGCGUUUCAGGAGAAGAUCGACGCUGCCUACUUUGACACCAGCAAAUACCUGCUGGACGUUCUCAACCGCAACUACCUGCUGCUGGAGCAUCUGCAGGCCAUGAGGAGAUACCUGCUGCUGGGCCAGGGAGACUUCAUCAGACACCUCAUGGACCUGCUCAAACCGGAGUUGGUGCGUCCUGCCACUACUUUGUACCAACACAACCUGACUGGUAUCUUAGAGACAGCGGUCAGAGCCACAAACGCCCAGUUUGACAACGCAGAGAUCCUCAAGAGGCUGGAUGUCCGCCUGCUAGAGGUGUCUCCUGGUGAUACGGGCUGGGAUGUGUUCAGUCUGGACUACCAUGUUGACGGACCCAUUGCUACGGUGUUUACAAGGGAGUGUAUGGGCCACUACCUGCGGGUGUUUAAUUUCCUGUGGAGAGCCAAGAGGAUGGAGUACACACUGACUGACAUCUGGAAGGGACAGAUGUGUAAUGCCAAACUGCUCAAAACCAUGCCUGAGCUGUCCGGCGUGCUGCAUCAGUGUCACAUCCUGGCCUCCGAGAUGGUCCACUUCAUCCACCAAAUGCAGUACUACAUCACCUUCGAGGUGCUGGAGUGCUCCUGGGACGAGCUGUGGAACAAAGUGCAGCAGGCUCAGGACCUCGACCACAUCAUCGCUGCACACGACGUCUUCCUCGACACCAUCAUCUCAAGAUGCCUGCUGGACAAUAACAGCAGGUCUCUUUUGAACCAGCUGAGGGCCAUAUUUGACCAGAUCAUCGAGUUCCAGAGCGCCCAGGACUCCCUCUACCGCUCGGCUCUGGAGGAACUCACCCUCCGACUGCAGUAUGAAGAGAAGAAGCGACAGAGAGAGGGGGAGGGUCAGUGGGGAGUAACGGCCGAACAGGAAGCGGAGGAGAAGAAGAGGAUUCAGGAGUUCAAGGAAACCAUACCAAAGAUGCGCUCGCAGCUCCGCAUCCUCACCCACUUCUACCAGAGCAUCGUUCAGCAGUUCCUGGUGUUGCUGAUGACUAAUACAGACGAGAGUCUGCGUUUCCUCAGCUUCAGACUGGACUUCAAUGAACACUACAGAGCCAGAGAGCCGAGGCUGCGAGCCUCCCUGGGCGCCACCCGCGGACGACGACUGUCAAAUAUCUGACACGACGACGACGAUGGCAUUGACAGACGAGGCUUCCAGUCAUUGGAGCGUGGGGUAUGACAUCAUAGAGACGGGCUGGCCAGCAGACUUAACGAGCUUCAUGUCGAGAUGAUGUCAUGCCUUGGAGGAGCGAUCCAGCGUUGUUCUGAACGUUCCGGCAUCGUCGCCGAGGCGGUCGCCAAGUGAUGACAUCACAGCAGCAGUGAAGUCAGCCGUGCGGGAUUGUGAAGGGAAGUCCAGUAAAUCAAACUUCCAGAGCUCGUUGUGACACGCAGAGGAAACACCCCAAACAGACGUCUCAAAAUUCUGCAAAACAUGAGGUAAAAUUACUGAAACUACGCCGAGCGCGAGGACGUAAAUAACAGCUGCUGUCAGACGGAGCUCCCCCGAGUCACACAGGGCCACCUUACAUGGCAUGCCUUAUUAAUGAGAGAAAAACAAAGCGUUUUUUUUUCUCAGCCUGGUUGCCAAAUCUAGUCCCAACACACAUAAUGUAUGUACAUAGAGUUUAUGCAAAAAUGUAUGUAUGUGUAUAUUUGCAUCUUUACACGUCAGCUCCUGUGGCUUCGCAUCUUCUCACUAGGGUUCAACCGAUAUGGGUCCGAUAUUGACUUUUUUUUUUUUUUUCAAUUUUGUAUUCGUAGCAGCUAUUAAAACGAUUCAAUCCGAUCAUGUUCAGUACAGUUAUUCCAGAAGAAAUAGGGUUCCUGAUGGAGAUUUGUCCUGGUUAAUGUAGAAAAGAACAGCACUUACAGCGCGAGGCGUAGGAAUCCGCAGCAUAUUGAUUAUUUAUGGUCAGUAUUGGCACACCUGUAUAUCGGUGUAACCCUAGUCCUCCACUCUCUCCUCCUUAAAAUCCAGGGUUUUUUAGUGUCAGGUCAGCUGUCCAAUCACAGUCACAUACAGAGGAUUUUGAAUUUACACACACACACUUGCGGAAGAUUUUGCUUCCAGUGACAUAAAGACAACUAUGGCUCAUACAGAUGGAAAGCCCCUUUGUUGCCCACUUUGUUUGCGCCUUAUAUUAAUAUUUGAUGGUGUUGAUUUUAAUAGUUUUCGUAGCUGUUUGCAUUGGUGAGAAGUAAAAGAGCAUCUGGCUUUACCUCGACCGAGAACUGACUGAUGUAAAGAAUGUUAUAAUGUUAGUUUAGUUUGUAUUGAGUUGUGAUUUCCCUGCUUGGUUUACACUUUGUGCUUUUCUGUCUGUAUGAGAGAUGGACCUUGUCGAAAAGAAAUAAUCCUCUCAACAACACAACAACCUCACUUCUUGUCAUUGCAUAAACAAUAGCAACUAUAACUGUUCAGAUGUUUAAAAAAUGUAAAUAUUUCCAAAUGAAAGUCCACGUUUAAAGAAUUUAAUGGUUAUACAUUUUUCUAUUCCGACAAUAUAAAGUAAAAACCAAGAGUGUUAGUGGUGUUAUUUAGUGAGGUUCGCUCCAUGUGCAUACGAGAUGAAGAUGCUGACUGUUGCUGUUGAUCAGCUCCCCAAGUUGUUCAUUUUUCAUGAAUCGGAUUCAUUCAGAUUUUCCAUUUGACACAUAAAAACCUUUGAUCGAGUGACCACCGGCUGAAAAUCUCCAUGUCCAAGCUUUCACACUC